ACACUACUGCUGCUUCAUCAUUUUGUGCUGAAUCAGAAAUGGGUUCUCUUGUGGGAUUGAUGUACCACUUAUUUCGUGUCAAAAUCAUCACUCUUCUCACAGAGAAGAGGGUUCACCCUGAUCUCUUUGUUCCCGAGAUUAACGAGGUUGAUAUCUACCAGUUUGAUCCUUAUGACUUGCCAGCGCUUUCAGAAACCAAGUCCGAUGACCAGGUGUGGUACUUUUUCUGUGAACCGCAUUAUAAGUAUGCCAACAGUAAACGUGCCCACCGAGCAACCGGAGGAGGGAACUGGAAAAUAACCGGUCGAGGCUGUGACGUGAAGGAUAAAGGAAGGGUGAUCGGUAAGAAAAGGACAUUGGUUUUCUGCAGACGUGGUAGUACUUCUAAGGAGAUCAAGACUGAUUGGGUUAUGCAUGAGUUCUAUAUCGAGGACAGCCCUUAUUAUGAGAAGAAUUUUGUUGUCUGUUACAUAGAAAAAACAAAAAAAAACAAGUCUAGUGUUUCAACACCCGAUGAUGGUCAACCGAGUCACAGUCUGUCUUCACAUUAUGAAAGUCGUGUUACAGAAAAUUCUUCUUCGGAGGUUGAAUCUCAGCAAACAAUGAGUCAGCAUUUGAUUUCUGAUUCUAGAAAGCAUAUUACAGAAAAUUCAUUUUUAGACGUAGAAUCUCCACCACUAUCAAGUGACGAAUUAGAGAGUAUUUACUCAAUGAUAAAUCCUCAACCACCAGACGAAUUUGAUGCAAUCAGUGGCUAUAAUUGGCUGAAUCACAGCUCGGUCUCUGCACUACAGUUGCCAAUUAAUCAGUACCACGGAUCCAAUUCCUCAUACUCAAAUGGCAUUAGUAAUGACUGUAACCUGGGGAGCUAUGAAUUCCCUGGUGGGCUUGAAGAUGUCGUGAAUUCGCAAAGGAAUGUCCAGAAUCAAUAUCCUUGGAUGUUAGAAGAUUGA